UUGUGCUCUGUUUUGGUGGCCUGGCGGCUGCCGACGUCGCGUUCAGCAUUCCGUUCGGUUUUCGGUUUCGGUUUCGCUCUUGGAGUUGAGUUGUUUUUUGGAUUUUGUUGUUAACGGUUCUCCACGGGUCCGCACACGGUCGCUCGCCGCUCGAUUCGAUCGUUCGCUCGCCGCCCCGUUCGUGCGCUCGUUUUGUCCGCUGUUUGUGUUUUGCUUACAAAAAAAUUUACAUAAAACAAAACGAAACAAAAAUACAAAAUACAAAAUAUAUUAAAUACGAAACAAAAGAAAUUUCAAAAAUACAAAGAAAGGUUUCCCCCCACACCCCCCAAAACCCACACCCCCCCCAUAGAAACCAAAUGUUGCAUAUAUUGUACGAGUGUCUAUGAGAAAUUGUUAAACAAAAAAGAAGAAAGAGAGAGAGAGAGCCCCUAUAAUAAAUAAAUAGCCCCCACAACAAGUGCAAUUCGUAAGAAAGUGCAAAACAAAACAAAACAAAACAAAACGAAACGAAACAAAACGCAUUGUAGCUGAGAACCCAACCACAAAUUAGAGGAGAGAAAGAAAGUAUAUUUCUUAAAAUAAAUAUAUAUUCAUAUUUGUAUAGAUAUUUUAUGGCAAAGUGGCUGCAAAGUGCAAACAAAUCGUGGAGAUACAUUCUCAGCAGAAGAGAAGAGAGCUGAGAGCUGAGAGCAGAGAACUCGUGUGGAGCGCGUGUGAUUAUUCUCAAGGGUGCAGGCAUCCCAUCUACCAGUUACAAUCGAGUGAAAUAUCAGUCACAGUGAAUACCAACCAGUUUUUGGAUUAUCUUUCAUGGAUAUCUGUGGAUUAGUAGCUGAAUUGGCGCACUAUAUUGAUGCAUAUGCUUUCGAUUGUUCAGAGUAAUUAAUCGAGUAAUCGAGUAAUCGAGAAGGAGGAAGGCAGCGCGCGAAGAUGUAUUUUGAACGCAAGCAGGUGCGCAAAAAAUACUAGAAAAUACUACCAGAGUAGAUACCGAAAAAGUGCAGCACACAGCAAGAGUGAAGAGCGAAAAGAAGUCCGCGCUGAAAGCCUGAAAACUCAAGAUCCACUGAGUCGGGGAGACACACACCCCAGAAAGCGGUAGAAGGAGAACUCGAUCUCCUGCCUGACGGAGGAGCUGGAGCUGUAAGAGAAGGCCAAGCCUUUCCUUCAAUUUUUUUGUAACAUUUUGCCAGGGACAAGUCGCUUGUCCCCAGCCAGAGAGAGCGUGUAAGGAUAACGGCCACAAAACGGCGACCGUCGGCUAUCAAACGAUGAUGAAACGACGCUGGUCGAACAACGGGGGCUUCCUGCGCGUGCCGGAGGAGUCUUCCUCGGAGGUCACAUCCUCCUCCAACGGCCUGGUGCUGCCCUCCGGCGUCAACAUGUCACCCUCGUCCCUGGACUCGCACGACUACUGCGACCAGGACCUAUGGCUCUGCGGCAACGACGCCGGCCCCUACGGCAACAGCAACGGCAGCGGUGUCGCCCAGCAGCUGCAACAGCAGCAGCAGCAGCAGCAACAGCAGCAGCAGCAGAGCGUCAUCGCCCUGGCGAUGCACGGCUGCUCCAACACCCUGCCCGCCCAGACCACCAUCAUUCCCAUCAACAAUGGCUCCAGCAAUGGCUCGAAUGGGAAUAAUGGCCACUACGUUCCGGGUGCCACCAAUCUGGGCGCCCUGGCCAACGGACUCGGCCUGGUCAACGGUCAAGGGCUGCUCAACGGAAUGCAGCAGCAGCAACAGCAGCAGCAGCAGCAGCAGCAGAUGCAGAAUGGACACGGGCUCAUAAAUUCCACAACGCCCUCGAUCACGGCCCCCCUGCUUCUGCAACAGAACGGUCUGGGCGGCGGAGGCGGCGUCAAUGGAAUGGGCCUCAAUUCGCAUCAUCACACAAAUGGCAAUUCGAAUGGCCUCCUCGGAGGCGGCAACAUCGGUGUCGGUGGCAUCGGUGGUGUAGGAGGUGGAGCAGGUGGCGGCGGUGUCAUGGGCAUGGCCAUGCAGCACACACCGCGCAGUGAUUCAGCAAAUUCCAUUUCAUCAGGUCGCGAUGAUCUCUCGCCCUCGAGCAGCCUGAACGGAUAUUCGGCGAACGAGGGCUGCGAUGCGAAGAAGAGCAAGAAGGGCCCGGCGCCGCGGGUGCAGGAGGAGCUGUGCCUCGUGUGCGGGGACAGGGCCUCCGGCUACCACUACAAUGCCCUCACCUGCGAGGGCUGCAAGGGCUUCUUCCGGCGCAGCGUCACCAAGAGCGCCGUCUACUGCUGCAAGUUCGGGCGGGCGUGCGAGAUGGACAUGUACAUGCGGAGGAAGUGCCAGGAGUGCCGCCUGAAGAAGUGCCUGGCGGUGGGCAUGCGGCCGGAGUGCGUCGUCCCGGAGAACCAGUGCGCGAUGAAGCGGCGCGAGAAGAAGGCCCAGAAGGAGAAGGACAAGAUGACCACCUCGCCCAGCUCCCAGCACGGCGGCAAUGGCGCCGGGGGUGGUAAUAGUGUGGGCGGCGGCUCCAGCCUUGGCGGCGGCAGCGUCGGUGGUACCCACGACUACGUGAAGAAGGAGAUUCUCGAUCUGAUGACAUGCGAGGCGCCGCAGCAUGCCACAAUUCCGCUACUACCUGAUGAUAUUUUGGCCAAGUGUCAAGCGCGCAAUAUACCUCCACUAACGUACAAUCAGUUGGCCGUUAUAUAUAAGCUAAUUUGGUAUCAGGAUGGCUACGAGCAGCCCUCCGAAGAGGAUCUCAGGCGUAUAAUGAGUACCCCGGAUGAGAACGAGAGCCAGACGGAUGUCAGCUUUCGACACAUCACCGAGAUAACCAUACUCACGGUUCAGUUGAUCGUUGAGUUUGCUAAAGGUCUACCAGCGUUUACAAAGAUACCCCAGGAGGAUCAGAUCACGUUACUGAAGGCCUGCUCAUCGGAGGUCAUGAUGUUGCGCAUGGCGCGGCGCUACGAUCACAAUUCGGACUCGAUAUUCUUUGCGAAUAACCGAUCCUACACGCGGGACUCGUACAAAAUGGCCGGAAUGGCGGACAACAUCGAGGACCUGCUGCACUUCUGCCGCCAGAUGUUCUCGAUGAAGGUGGACAACGUCGAAUACGCGCUACUCACUGCCAUUGUGAUCUUCUCGGACCGGCCGGGCCUGGAGAAGGCCCAGCUGGUGGAGGCGAUACAGAGCUACUACAUCGACACGCUACGCAUUUAUAUACUCAACCGCCACUGCGGCGACACCAUGAGCCUCGUCUUCUACGCCAAGCUCCUCUCCAUCCUCACCGAGCUGCGCACCCUGGGCAACCAGAACGCCGAGAUGUGCUUCUCGCUGAAGCUCAAGAACCGCAAGCUGCCCAAGUUCCUCGAGGAGAUCUGGGACGUCCACGCCAUCCCGCCCUCGGUGCAGUCGCAUCUGCAGGCCCAGCAGGAGGAGAACGAGCGCAUGGUGCGGGCGGAACGAAUGCGCGGUGCCGUUGGCGGCGCGAUUACCGCCGGUCUGGAUGCCGACUCCGCUUCCACCUCACAGGCGGCGGCUGCGGCGGCCGCCCACCACCAGCAUCAGCACCUUCCGCUGCCCAAUCACACGCUGCCGCAGCCGCAACCGCAGCCACUGCCCCAGCCGCAGCCUCUGUCUCUGCCUCUGCCUCUGCCCGUUCCCUCCGCCCCAGUCUCCAUCUCUGUUCCCGCCAUUGCGUCUGUUUCCGUCUCUGGGACCGGCUCUGCAACCAGCUCCGGAUCCGUGUCGGCCGUGAGCACCAGCAGCGAUUACAUCGGCGGCGGUGGCGGAGCCAUGGGCCCCACCACUGCGGCAGCCACCUCCUCCACCAGCAUCACGGCGGCGGUGCCCGCCAGCUCGACUACAGCGGCGGUGGGCAACGGCGCUGCGCCCGUCAGCAUGUACGCGAACGCCCAGACGGCCAUGGCACUGAUGGGCGUGCCGCUGCAUCCGCAUCAGGAGCAGCUGAUCGCCGGCGUGGCGGUCAAGUCAGAGCACUCGACGACGGCAUAGCCCCUGCCCCACCAUCAGCAGCAGCAGCACCACCACACCAUCCUGCACGAGGUGGUGGGCGGGGUCCUGCUCGACUAGGGCCAGGAGAAGGAAAGGCAGCUGAACCACACUCUCACAGACAUCCCGAUGAUCAGGGAGAUGCCCGAUCCUGAUGCCAGACGCCUGAUGGAGGGAUCACUGAAGGACAAGCGUAAAAUGCAGUUAUUUAGUCUUAAGUCUGCAAAUACUAGCGAUAAGGCAUUAUCCGUACGAUAUAACCGAUAAACAAAUUAUUAACAAUUACACAAAUGCUAAAAAAAAAACACAUACGAAAAUAAUGAAGAGAAAUGAAUGGAAAAGCGUCAGCGACAGCGAGAGAGAGAGAGAGGAAGAGACACACUGAAUGGAAAAACAAUUGCAAAAUCAUCAAGUAGUUAUGUGAAUGGUGUGGCAGAUUGUUUCCGCCUCACAGUCAAUUCUCGAAUUUUGUUUUUUCGUCCUCCACUUCGAACAGAAAAGAGAACGACAGCUAGAGAGCUAGAGAGAGUGUAGAAUGUAGAAUGUAGCUGAGACGAGUAGGGUUGUGUGGGAAUGUGGCAGAGAGAAGAGAGUAAAGAUUGUUUAUAUUUAAAAAAUAUAUAAAAUAAUACCUAUUACAAAUAACGAUAACUGUACACUUAAUAAAACGCAACUGUAUAAUACCUAACCCUAACUGUAAAGCUAACAUCAUCUGGAGCGCGUGGAUCUGUUUAGUGAAAAAAGGUGUAACAAAUAUAUACCUUCUUAUAUUCAGAAUAACACUUAUAAAAACUAAAAGAAUGAAAACCUAAGUUAAUUCAGAUAAAAAGAAAAAACUCUAAAAACAAAACUAACAAAAAAAAACACGCAAAACUUGGACUGAUUUUAUAAAUAUUUUUUAAUCAUAACGAAAGGGAAACUCUGUAAACAAAAUAUCACCACAAACGUAAGAACAGAACGUAAAACAAUUUUCGUCAUACCCUCCUUAUAUAUAUUUUUUUAACGAUGAGACUUUCGUCUCAAUGAUUCUGAUAAUUUUCAAGCCCGAAAAAACAAAACUCUUUUUAAAUUGGCGUCGUUUUCUAGGCAUUUUUUUGAAGAACCACACUUUUGAUAACGAGAACUUUAGAAAGGAAAUUCAAGUGAUUGGAGUUUUACUCAAACAUUAAAAUCAUAAAAAACAACCAUCGCAUCGGAAGGUUUUAGAUCCUACAAUUCACAUCUUUUUUUUGCUGGCAAAUAAUAUUCAAUCAUUCGGACACACACAUACAAACACACACACAUAGAAACACACACCAAAAGACUUCAAUAUUUAUUUUUAAAAUUUACAUUAAACAUUUUUAAAAUUUUUUAAACUUGUGUGAGCAACAAAAUGUAAUCAAAAUUUAUUUAGACAAAACAAAACAAAAAAUGUGCAAAGUUUUCAUUUGGCAAUCUAUUAUGUUAAACAAAAUUUGAAUGCAAUUUAUUUCCAAACAUUUUAAUAUAUACUUUUAAAAAAUAUUUACAAAAUUUAAACACAAAUUGUUGGCCUUAUUUAAACUUAAAUCAAAUUUAUUCUAAUUUUAGUAGCUACAAAACAUAAAACCAAUGGAAAAGCGAUUGUAAAAUAUUAAAAUAAAAUAAUGUAAAGUUUUUAAGUGGAAUUUUACGUAGCUUUCAACUUGAAUUGUGCAAUUUUUUAUUUUUACUACUAAUAUUAAUUUAAUUUUAUAUUUUACACACACACACGCCCCGAAUUCACCCAUAAACAAUCACAAACACCCACACACACACACGAAUACAUGUAAAAACUUAAGUAAAUUUAAUUUAUGAAGAGAUCUGAAGAAGGGAGCACACGAAAACGAUAUAGUAUACGCGAUAUGAUAUAAAAUAAAGGAGCACACUGCUUUACAGGAGAAAAUUCUAAUUACAAAACAUAAAUCAGUGAAUACAUUAAUCGUACUACUCGUAGGAUCCCCGAUCAGGCUUGCUCUUAAGUUUUUGGUUUAAGUUCAAUUCUUUGUAGCCUGCACUCGCGCACGCCCAAUUAUUAUUAUUACUAUUAUUAUUGCUAUUAUUACGACGCAUAAUACCACUACAUAUACAGAUACCGAUACCGAUACAGAUACCGAUACAGAUACAUUAUAUACAUACAUACAUAUAUGCAUACCUUGUUUUGUAGUUUUACAAGAAUACUGUAAAGAGCAAACCCUAUCGUAAUGCGGAAUAGUUUUUACCUUUUUACGAUACGAAACCAAGCAGAAUAUAUACAAUAUAUAUAUAGAAGAAGAUGUGUUGAAAAAGAGAAAAAGAAAACCAACAAGAAAAUCUCAAAAAAAAAACAUAAACCAAAAUCCGUGUGUUUUCAUUUUCCCAAAAAGUGUUUCCGGAAAACAUUUCAUUUUUAUUUUCUGUAUUAUCCUGAAUGGGAAAAGGUAAUGUGGAUGUGAGCAAAGACUUAAGAAAAGCUGGGAAAUUCAGAAUUUGAACAAGAUUUGCAAGCGAAGCAAAUGGCUGUGAAAAUUGGCUAAGAACGACAGGCAAAGAGUGUGAAGUGAGGAAGGUCAUUGGUGGACGGAGAAGGAGAAAAAGGAAGGAACAUUUUGUAUUAAUUUAUCAUAAUUUACAAGGAGCUAAAAAAAAGAAAAAACCAAGAAACACAAGACACGAUGCGCUAUUAAAUAGCUUUAAAUUGUAAAAA